UGCGUACUCAGCCCUCCGGUAUGCACCACUGCAGCCAAGCGCCCAACUGAUAAUCUGCCAACGCGUCACACCGUCUACGCUUGAUAUCAGCCAAACGGCAAUAUUUCCCCUUACUGCCAAGAAAAAGAAACAGCGAAUCCCUCGGGCCCCGUUAUUAAAGAAGGCGAUGUCACGCCGGGCCCUCUAGAUCCUGUACCACUCAAAAGGGUACAUUCCAAGUGCCGCCCCAACGGUAAGUCGGGAUGAUCUUCCGGAACAAGACGAUACACAGCCAAGCUCCUCCUCCACAAAUGCGCAAGAGACGUCCUAUACUGAUCCGCCUCCUCAAGCAGAUGUUGACCUCAUCUCCGAGGCGGGAAGCCCUUCCAUUCGGCUUCGUCGCCGAUGUGCUCUUUCAGAUCAUCAUCAAUGGCGAGGUGAACACCAUCUUGACGCUCUGCCGGCUGAAUCGCGCCACAUACGAGACCAUCAAGAUGUUGGAGCCGCAUAUCUGUGGCUGGUUCAUGCGCUUCCAUGCGCUUGAAUUCGACCCCAUUCUUACCCUUAACCCGUGGACGGGAGAGCAGAGCACACUAACUGUGCACUCCCUCGUAAGGUUCUUCCAGCGCCACAACAUCGCCAAAGACUUAUCGCGACAUAUUAUACCGUCAGUGUGGGGACCUUUCUGCGAUGACGGAACUCCAGAGAUGAACUUUGAAGCGGAGUUACGCCUUGCCAACCGGUUGGAACGAGGGUUACACGUCCUCUUUCACAUGGCCGACAUUGCGCGUGACACCGAAAGGCUGAAGCCUAGCAGGAAGCCACUGGCCCCUGUUGUCAGUGGGCGUCUCUUCGUGCUCGGCAAGAUGUUGGACGAGUAUGAUGAGCUUCCCCAGCACAGGAAACAGUUGAUGUCAUUCGAAGAGUACACCAACCACGUCUAUACGGUUCUAAAGUGGGGAUAUGUGGAGGCCGAUAUUGGCCGCAGGCGGCUAGAGUUCCGAGGAUGGCUUGACGAACAGACCGAGAUCGACUUUCACGCGUCUCUGCGAAUGUUGCGCGAGCUAAUGGAGCGCAUGCUUCUCCGCCACGGCCCCAAGGACUGGCACCGCGACGCCAAGAACGAAUAUAGCGUCAUAUCCUGGUUUCUCCUGAAACAACCGCCACGGUCACUGGCGAAGCUGUUCUUGAGUCCUCAGAACGACUGCUGCGAUCUUGAUGUGAAAGCUACUGAUUGCGGUGUUAGGAAGUGCCAUUUCUCAGACCCGCUCGACAACUACUGGAGAGCCUGGAAGAAUGUGCCCGACCUGGGCUGCCAGGAUUGUGACUGCAAGCGACGAGUCAGAAGUUGGAGCGUCAAGCCUGCACUCAUUGAUGCCCGAGGAAGAGAGUUUAAUCGUGCUGCAGAGCGAUACCUGAGAGAGAUGUGGAGUCAGCGACACGUCGGUCUCCAUCGUGCUUUUACCAUGGGCGUUUUCACCACAGUUAUUGGAUGAGCUGGGAUCAUUCUGUCACAUUACUCUUAUCUGGAUGAACUUGGAAGAAACAAGAAUGUCAUCAAUAUUUA